GGAAAAUCCAACAUUAUUAACUGGCACUUAUCACCUUUCUUUAACAACAUUGAGAAUAGGAGAAAAGGUAAAUUUCCUUUGUAUUGGAUUGGGUCCGUGUAGGUAUCUAAUUAAUUUGGUAUAUAUUUUGAAUAAUAGUUUCAAUCUCCAGUAGGAAGGCGGUUCGUCAGAAAAACUGAUCGGUUCGGUUCGGUUAAUUACAAUCGCGUCCUUUUGAAAAACGAUAUCUCCUCUCCUUCUUUUUUUGUAGCUUCGAUUUUAUAAUUGAUACGAAAAUCAAUCUUUAAUAGACUAGUUCAUUUUAGGACUUCUUUUAUACCUGAUUCAUUUCAGCGAUACCCUUCCGUCUUGUGUGUGAGCUUUAGCGAAAUUUGAAAAUGGCGGCAUAUCAUAAUGCGUUUGGUUAUAUUCCAGCUGGUUGGUUGGCAAUUAUUGCUGUCGUUUUUUUCAGUAUAUCCUUUGCCCUUUUGUUGGCUUCUUCGAUAGUAUAUAGACAUCCAUUGAUCGUUGUUCCAAUUAUUGGAACAGCCGGCGAGCUGGCUGGAUGGGCUUGCCGGGUGAAUGCUCAUUACCAUCCAAACAACUAUUCAGACUUUUUAGGUCAGAUUAUUGCUUUAAUUAUUUCACCAGUCUUUUAUUCCGCCGAAGUAUACGUUUUACUGUACCACUGGGUUAUGCUUUACGGACCUCGAUUUUCCCUUCUCAAACCUAAAUUGUAUGCGAUUAUUUUCAUUACUUUCGAUAUAAUUGCUCUCGUUUUGCAAGCUGCAGGCGGUGGUAUUGCCGGUGGUGCUAAAGAAGGUUCAUCUGAGCAAAACAAGGGUGCUAACAUCAUGCUUGGUGGUAUUUGCUUUCAACUUUUUAGCACUGUUGUCUUUUCAAUUUUAGGGCUAAUGUUUGCUGCAGCUGUUUGUAGAGGCAAACCCGUGCGAGCUGGUCCCAGCACUACAGACAUUCCUCGUUCACGAUAUAAAGACGUUUGCUUUUUAUGCUUAUGUUUAGCAACACUAGCUAUUCUCGUACGUGCUGUUUACCGUGUUGUUGAACUUGCUGGAGGUUGGAGCGGUAGUGUCAUUACCCACGAAGUAUGGUUUGGUGUUUUCGAUUUCAUUCCGAUGAUUAUAGCAUCUUUCUUUUUGCUUCCAUCGAUCUAUCCUGCAACACAAACAAAAAACGGCGGUUUCAACGAAAGCGCCUCAUACCCGACCUUCAAAGGUGACAGUUCUGAACGGGACGAAAAAAGUUUAUCUUCAUCCGAUUUUAAUAUUUAAGGUUUUCUUCAUUCUUUUCUUUAUUAUAACUUUACAGCCAACCAAGAAGGCUUUGUUUGAUGCAUUUCUGCUAUAUAUAACAUGUAUUACCAAAUCACCUGAUUUUUUCAUGCUUCGAAAGACGAUAAUAGCUGCUUUAAAUUUUAUUUCCUAUUUCAUAUUGGCUUGAUUAUUUGAUCCUAUUCUGUCUUUUUAUAAAGCAAUGGUUUGAAGGAGAGAAAAAAUUAAUCACAAGGAAUAUGUGCCUUGCUAUCUGAAUAUUAUCUGUCUCCUGCCAAGCCUGUCUAAAGAACAAGGUGGUUUCAACAGAGAUUUCCUAUGAUACCUUUACAUUUUGCCAUUUUUUUUUCUUUUUUCUUGUGAUUAAUGAAACGUUAGUUGCUUCAAUUGACAUCUUCAAGUACACUCUUUGUGUGUUUUGUAAGGACAUUUCCAAGUUUUCGCCUUGUGUGUCACACGGUAAAAGAAGCUUAAAGAGAACAUGUUUUUCUUUUUUUUUAAAAAAAUUUGUUUGGAAAUAUCCCUAAUCUUACAAACGACUGUAAGAACCAAGAGUUCUAGCACAUACUUUUUAUGUUAGUUGGUUACAUCUUUUUACUUAUAGUUGAAACAAAUUGUUAGAUUUGAACUACUUACCUCAUUGAACUUUCACUCACACAUUUUUAGUCAACGUUGCAUCCUAAAUUUAAUUGGAAUCCCCCUCAAUUUGUUUUUCAGUCUAUUUUUUAAUCAUCUAUGAAUCUAACAAAAAAUAUUUGAACAUUAAAGGUAUCUAACUCCACUCGUCCAAGGAGAUUGUCACUUUGGCCUUUAGAUUAGUAAAUAAUUUACAACUUUAGUUGUACUGUGAAAAUGUUCAGCAGAUUGUUUCUUAGCACCAUCAAUUAUUGUAUGGAUCAACUAAUGAUUAUUGUGUUACAUAGACAAACAUACCACUAAAUUAGACUAAGUGAGAGAUCAGCAAUAAACACGCUUCGCCCAUGUCAGUAUCUGGGUAUGUGGUGGAUGAUAUUAAGACUCUGUACUUUAUUCAGGAAGCAAAUUCAUUUCUUUCAUAAUCAUGGUUAUUGCAUGAGUAUAUAUAUAUUGUUAAGGAUCUCUCGUCAAGCAAUAAAACCAGUUCGCUUCUGAUCGCUGCAUUCUAGCGUCUGAGUGUCUCAAUCUUACUUUCAAAUACCUGAACAUAAAUAACAUCCAUAUUAAAUGUAUGGAUACUAUCUUUUCACUCUUAUGCUUAAUUGAAUGUCAAGACACGAAAUAUAUAUGUUUAUGAAAGCUCGUUUGGAAACCCUUCACAAAUUCGUCUCAUAAGUGUAACGUUUAAGAACUCUCAAAGUAAUUCACUUGCAAAUACAAUAUCAAGGUAUUAAAAAUAAAUCAAAAGUCUAUUUUCUUUAAGGCAACAAUCAUAUGCAUUUGUAAUAUCACAUUUGCUAUUUAAAAUCGUUUUCAUUGAAAUCCUC